AUUAAAGAUUUUUUAUAUCCAAAGGAACUAUAAUUACGAAAGUAAUAGCCUGUUGAGUUGAUACUUGAGAUAAUAGUAAAAAGGAAAAAACACUUUAAACUCCUACUUGCCAUUCUCACUCUUUCUUCACCUUUCUUUGUUUGUUCCCUUCUUUGGACACGCAGAAUAUAUGCUCAUGAAUCCAUUUAAUAACCAAUCUUAAAGGCUUCUUCUUCUUCUUCUUCAAUCUCCCUUACGAAAAAAAAAAAAAAGGAACACCCAAAAAUACUACAAAAAAUGGGUUGGUUUUCAGUUUCUACUGCCCUGUUCCUUACAGUUCUCUACACUCAAUUCUUGCAUGCACAUUCAACUACACACUGGCAAGACAUUCAAGUCUUGAAACAGCUUAAAAACAGCGUCGACCCCAAUUCAAUUACACCUGGCUCAUGUUUGAACUCCUGGGAUUUCUCUGUAGACCCUUGUGAUAAUCUUGGUGGUGAAAAGUUCACCUGUGGUAUUCGCUGCGACCUUAAUGUUUCCUCUGUUAGUCGAAUAACUGAAAUUGCUCUUGACCAGUGGAAUUACUCCGGUUCACUCACUUCCGUUUAUUGGAAUUUACCUUAUCUGCAAACCUUAGACAUUUCUAAUAACUUAUUCUCCGGUUCGCUACCCGAGUCGCUCUCGAAUUUGACUCGGGUUCAGCGACUCGGGUUGUCGAGGAACUUGCUGACCGGGUCGAUUCCGAGUUCGCUGGGCACGCUUUCAAAUCUCGAAGAGCUUUACCUCGACAAUAAUUUCCUCGAGGGAAAUAUUCCCCAGAGUUUCAACGGUCUGAAAAUUUUGAAAAGGCUCGAAGUCCAAUGCAACAAGCUCACUGGCGAGCUGCCCGUGCUGGAUCAGUUAAACAAUUUGAAUUUCCUCGAUGUUAGUGAGAACUCUAUCUCCGGCGAACUACCAGCGUCUUUUCCAGCUUCGCUCAUUCAGCUAACCAUGAGAAAUAACAGUGUGGUUGGUAACAUCCCGGCGAGCCUAACAGCACUGAAUUACCUACAAGUAAUCGAUCUGAGUCACAAUAAACUGAGUGGUUCAGUGCCAGCGAGCCUAUUCACGCUUCCUUCUUUGGAACAGCUCACGUUAUCAUACAACCAGUUCGGGUCGAUUCAGGAACCCGGGAACUUGUUUCAGAACAGUCAGUUGAUUGCAGUAGACUUGAGUAACAAUGAAAUCCGUGGGUUGUUACCCGGGUUCUUCGGGUUAAUGCCCAGAUUAUCAUCAAUAUCGUUAGAGUACAACAAGUUUUCGGGUAUGAUACCAACCCAAUAUGCAUUGAAAAUGGUGUUUCCGGGUCAAGGGGUAUCACAAUUUGAGAGGUUGUUGUUAGGAGGGAACUACUUAUUCGGACCCAUACCGGGUCCAUUGUUGGAUCUGAAACCGGGUUCAGUAACGGUAAGGUUAGGGGACAACUGUUUGUAUCGAUGCCCAUUGAGAUUAUUUUUAUGUGAAGGUGGGGUACAAAAAUCAUUAACCGAGUGUCAGGCUUUUGGUCCCAUAAUUCCUUGAGUAAUGUGACAAUGUCUUAAAUUCGAGGUGCUUUUUUAAUUUUUCUUAUUUGUACUACUUAGUAAGUACUGUAUUUUAUUUUGUAUAUUGUAUAAAUCUACUAUUUUUUUGGGGAAUUUCUCUCCAACCUUACCCUAUGUGUGGGGUUUUAGAUAUGAUGAUCUAGAUGGAUCUGUGGUAUUUCCCUAGAUUGUAGUAGCUUGUGGAGAGUAGAUAUUUUUGUGAAGAGCGAGAAAGAAAUAAAGAUUUCUUACUUUUAA